GCGCUGUUUCCGGGGCAGCCGCGGCCGUUCCGGGCUGCGGCGGCGGCGCGGGCGCCAUGGGGGUGACGAGACAGAAACACGCCAAGAAGAUCAUGGGCUUCUACAAGCACAACUUCCAGUUCCGCGAGCCCUUCCAGGUGCUGCUGGACGGCACYUUCUGCCAGGCCGCGCUCCGCAACAAGAUCCAGAUCCGGGAGCAGCUGCCCGGGUACCUGGACGGCGCCGCGCAGCUGUGCACCACGCGAUGUGUUAUAAAAGAACUGGAAUCACUGGGGAAAGAAUUGUAUGGAGCAAAAUUAAUUGCCCAGAGAUUUGAAGUUCGAAACUGUUCUCACCAUAAGAAUCCUGUGAGUGGUUCGACCUGUUUAUUUUCCAUGAUUGAAGAUGGCAACCCUCAUCACUUCUUUAUUGCUACACAGGACCAGGACUUAUCAAACAAAGUAAAAAGGAAGCCUGGCAUUCCUCUCCUCUUUAUUAUUCAGAACACUAUGGUGYUAGACAAACCUUCUCCUAAAUCUUUGGCAUUUGUUCAAAAGUUGCAGACAAAUCAGCUUGUUCCAGAGUACCAAAAACAAAGUAUUGUGGAGCUUAAAGAAAAAGAAGGACUAGUAAAGCAAGAAGGUGAAAAGAGAAGAAAACGCAAAAGGGCAGGCGGCCCCAAUCCUCUCAGCUGUCUGAAGAAGAAAAAGAAGAAAACACAGGAAGGUCAGGAGCCUUCUGCUGAAAAGAAAAAAAGACGAAAAAGAAAACGAAAGAGAGUUAAAGCAGAAGCCAUGCAGACAGUGCAGAAGAAUGAAGGAGAAUAAACCCAUCUUUGUAAACAACAAGAGCUUGAACAUUGUUUGAACUUUGAAAAAAAAAGAAUAUGCAGUCAUAUGAAAUUGAGUUAAUAUUAAAAUUUAUUUUUAUGAGUUGUUACUUCUUACUACUGUAUCUCAACAUUUGCAGGUUAUUGUCYUGAUAAUUUAUUCUGUUAUUCAGUAUUGGGUUUGUGACAAAGUAUUUAAGAACCCUCAUAUUUCAUUAUUCUCUCCAAUAUCUUGGUUUCUGUCAAAAUUCACAUGAUAUGUAGUAAUUUUUUAGGAAUGCUUCUUGGCUUUCAUAUGGAUUUUGGUGGGAUAUUAGACUUAUUUCUAUCUCAAGGUUGCUAAUCUUAAUAAAACUGGUUUUUACAAUUGGCCUGUUAGAGAUUAUGAAACUGACUUAAAAUAACUGACUGAUCUCUGUUGUUUGAAUACAAAAGUUAACUCGUGGAAAGAGACCGCAUGGCCUCAAAAGCUUAAAUGCUCUCCUGUUCAGCUUAAAUUUCUCUGUCGUGUGAACCAAUAUGUCUCUUGGUGUUGAUGUUUAUUUGUUAAGAAAAUCCCAGAGGGUGUGCAAUUUUGUUGACAUUGCUGACAUUAUA